AUGAGAAGAAGCUUAUUUCUUCGCAUAGUUGAAGGUGUCAUGAAUCAAGAGCCAUUCUUCCAAAGCAAUCAUGAUACCACAGGCAAAUCAAGUCUCUCACCUCUUCAAAAGUGCACAACAACAAUUAGAAUACUAGCUUAUGGUGUGGCUGCAGAUGCUGUUGAUGAAUACCUGCGAAUUGGUGAGUCCACUACAGCAUUAUGUGUUAAGAAAUUUGUAAGAGCUUUCAAUGUUGUGUUUGGUGAAGAGUACCUAAGGAGUCCCAAUGCUGCUGAUGUCGAACACUUUCUCCAUGUGGGAGAGCAAAGAGGUUUCCCAUACGAGGACGUGAACUUUGAAGUCUCGAUGCCUACAGUUUCUCAAAAUCAUCUCCCGGAGUAUGAUGAGUAUCUUCGGAACCACACAAGGAUUCGUAAUAGGUCAACAAAUAAUCAACUUCAAUCUGAUACGAUAGAAGAGAUAUGGAAUGGAUUCGGAGACGAGGAGUACGAUGAUUAA